AUGACUACCGACGCCAAGACGUUCGAAUUUUCUAAAUUUCGCAAUGUGAUCAAUAAUGAAUUGACCACGACAUCGGAAACCCGGCAUGGGAUCAAUCCUGCCAACACUCAACCUAACCCACCUGUACCUGUUUCGACCCAGGAUGAUCUUGACAAAGCCGUGAAAGCAGCUCGGGAUGCUUUCAAGAGCUGGUCCAAGACCUCAUUUGAAGAACGACGCAAACCCCUGCACGCCUGGGCCGAUGCCGUUGAGGCCAAUGCCGACGAAUUCGCGAAAAUCCUCACAAUGGAACAAGGAAAGCCAUUGACUCAGUCAUCUGUGGAGGUGGGCAUGGCAAUUGCGUGGAUUCGUGGUCUAACCACCAUUGAGAUCAAAGACACCGUCAUUGAAGAAACCGAAGAUAGGAAGAUUAUCCAACGCCACACACCACUCGGCGUGGUGGGCGCUAUUGUCCCCUGGAACUUCCCUGUCCUAUUAGCCGUCGGCAAAGUGGUGCCUGCGGUAUACACUGGAAACACCGUUAUUUUGAAGCCGUCCCCUUUCACACCUUAUUGCGCCUUGAAACUGGUUGAGCUUGCGGCCAAAUUCCUUCCUCCUGGUGUGAUCCAAUGCCUGAGUGGCGAGGAAUCCCUCGGCCCGCUAUUCACUGCUCAUCCUGGAAUUGCGAAGAUCAGCUUUACCGGGUCCACUGCCACUGGAAAGCGGGUUAUGGCUGCGUGUGCUACGACUCUCAAGCGAGUUACCCUCGAACUGGGUGGCAACGACCCGGCGAUCGUCUGCGAGGAUGUUGAUAUUGAUGCUGUUGUCCCGAAGAUUGGCACUCUUUCUUAUCUUUGCAGCUCGCAGAUUUGCAUGAUGAUCAAACGACUUUAUGUCCACGAGAAAAUCUACGAUGAGUUCUUGGACAAAUUAGUCAAAUUUGUCAAGAAUUUGAAAGUCGGCGACGGUACCGAGGCGGACACCUUUGUAGGACCUGUUCAAAACCAGAUGCAAUAUGAGAAAGCCAAAGACCUGUUCAGCAGCAUUGGGACUGAAAACCUGAAAACUGCACUUGGAGGCUCGAUCGAGAACUCUUCCGGGUACUUCAUCCACCCGACCAUUAUUGAUAAUCCCCCGGAGACUUCGCGCGUGGUACAGGAGGAGCCGUUUGCUCCCAUCCUGCCCGUCCUGAAAUGGUCUGAUGAGGACGAUGUCCUUGAGCGUGCGAAUGCAUCAGAGACCGGAUUAGGCUCUUCUGUCUGGACUAAUGACUUGGAACGUGCAACUCGGAUUGCAAAUCAACUCCAGUGCGGUAUUGUGUGGGUCAAUAGCCACUUUGAUGUAGCGCCAAACGCACCCUUUGGUGGCCACAAACAGAGCGGCACAGGUGUUGAAUGGGGCCUUACUGGUCUGCUUGGGUACUGCAACUCGCAGACCCAAUGGCUGAAGAAGAAGGUAUAA